AUGAAGACAAAUUCACUCCGACCCCUGAUCUCUCUGCGAGGCGGUCGUCAUUCGUGUCGGGCUUACUCUUCGCUUUCCGAGCGCUUGUAUCACGAACUGACCACAAGGAAGCUGCCGUUGACUUACGACUAUUUACACCCCCAACCUUCGCAUCUUCUGAACCUUACACUCCGUGAUGUGCUUCCGCAAUCCCAGCCCUCCUUCGAUUAUGCGACUCUACCGUCAUUACAAAACCCGUCCCCGCUCCCGGCCGGUCACCACCUAAUCUACUUCCCGCCGCAGGUGACCUUGUCGCAACUGCUCCCGGAUUGCACAGAUACGUUACACACACCGGGCGAACCAUUCAAUCGACGCUUGUGGGCAGGUGGAAAUUUAAGAUUCCCCGUGCGCAGUCCGCCUCUAGAUGGCAGUCGCGCAGUCUGCAUAGAAUCCAUUCGCAAUGUGACGGUGAAGGGCCGCGAGGGAGACGAGAAAGUGAUUGUCACCAUCGAACGACGGAUUGGCAAUGUUUCUGAACAAGAAACGGCCGACCAGGCCUGGGACCGGAUAUGGAAAGAGAACGAACACAAUGCGGGGGAAUCAUCAGUCAUUGAGAACCGGGACCUCAUUUUCAUGCGCCUAAAGACCAGCGCCCAAAUCAAGGCCGAUAAAGCGCAGUUCGGAAAGCCUGGUAGGACUGUCAAGCGUGAGCACUCCUUUUCAACCGUUCAGUGUGAUUUCAAAUUUGCUAAUGAUUUUGGCGCAAUGAAGCACCCUCCGAUGCGACGUUCCGCCACACCCUCAUACCUACUAAAGCGCUGCUAUUUCGAUUCUCGGCGCUGA